UUCUUUUACAAAAUAACAACUUUUGGACACAUUUCAAACUGGAUUUCAAAGCGUCUCCUGCAGUCAUGGCACCUAUUUUAGUUAACUGCAUGGGGAAUGACCACAACGAUUACAUCAAACAACUCGUCCAAGUGAAAAAUCCUUACUUGGACACCAUGGAGGAGGAUAUUCUCUACCACUUCAGCUUGGGCACCAAGACUCACAACCUUCCAGAAAUGUUUGGAGAGAUUAAGUUUGUGUGUGUUGGAGGCAGCGCAAAUCGAAUGAAGGCUUUUGCCCAGUUCAUCCACAAGGAGCUGGAACUGCCUGGAAACCCAGAGGAAAUCAUAGAUAUCUGUGAGGGAACUGAUCGCUACUGCAUGUACAAAGUGGGACCAGUGCUCUCUAUAAGUCACGGCAUGGGUGUCCCUUCCAUCUCCAUCAUGCUGCAUGAGCUCAUCAAACUGCUGCACCAUGCUCAGUGCCGUGAUGUGGUCCUGUUUCGCCUUGGAACAUCUGGUGGAGUCGGUCUGGCUCCAGGGACAGUGGUGGUCACAGAUAAAGCAGUGGACUACUCCUUCCGCCCCCAGUUUGAGCAGGUGGUUCUGGGUAAAGUCAUCACCAGGAGCACUGAGCUGGACGAGGGAGUGGCCAAUGAGCUUCUGGUGUGCUCCUCCGAGCUUCAAAACAUUCCUACAGUGAUCGGAAACACCAUGUGCACCCAUGACUUCUAUGAAGGUCAAGGCCGACUUGACGGAGCGCUCUGCUCCUUCUCUCACGAAGAAAAACUGGAGUAUCUGAGGAAAGCUUACGACGCUGGAGUGAGGAAUAUUGAAAUGGAGUCCACCGUAUUUGCUGCUAUGUGCCGUGUCUGUGGCCUUAAAGCGGCUGUGGUCUGUGUUGCAUUGCUGAACCGCUUUGAUGGAGACCAGAUCACCUCCUCUCAUGAAGUUCUUGUGGAGUACCAGCAGAGACCUCAAAUCCUGGUGUCCCACUUUAUCAAGAAACGCCUGGGACAGAUAGUCUGAAACCCCCACACCUGCCAUCCCAACACCAGCCUCCCAAAUCGAGUGUAUAUAGCUGAUAUGUUGAUAUGUAUAUAUACUGUACUUGUUAAUAUGAGUACACUUAUUUAAAACAUUAAGAUUUUUAUCAUUUCAUUGAUGAAGCUAAAAUGUUAAGCAUGUUGCAUAUGUAUAGUAUGUAUUUUAUCUUUUAAUAUUUAAUACUCUGGUAUUUAUGUAAGGUAACAUUAAUUUUCUAAAGAACAUGUACUGUAUGUUGAUUUUAAUAUUUGACCUACGCUUGAAACCUGACAAAAGCUGUUGGGUGUAAUAGCAAGUUGGGAAAUCAUACGAGGUUUGCAAUCUGUUAGCAGCCUUUAGUUUAAAGGUUUUUCCGCUUGUGAAAUGGGAAGUACUUAUUAAUCCUUAGUGAUUGCACUUAUGAUACACGAAGAUGAAGUGGACUUUCCUACAAUGUAUUUCAGUGAUGAAUGUGUUAUCAGAUGACCAGUGACAUACAUUACAUUUAGAUGCUUCUGCCAAACAAGCUUGUUUUUUUGCAAAUGCAAACGUCCUGAAAGUAGCAAAAGAUGUCAAUACAUAUUGACAAAGGUGCUGAGAGCUCAUUUUAAUUUGUUGAAGGUACAUGUUUAUCAUCACUCAAUGAUACUGUAUUUCUCAUGAGAUGCUGUAAAGUAUAAAACCUUCAAUAAAAGUCAA